GAAAACAACAAUUGGUUGGCAUAAUAUUCUCACUUUUAAUUUUUAAAUUUUGUGUUCAAUUUCGUAAAACUGGAAUUUGUAUGGUAUUGUAUUGAAUGUAUUGUAAUAAUUGCAUUAUUCAAGUGACUAAACCAAUUUUGAAAGAAUGAAAACCAGAAAUUUGAAUUACAAACAGAAUGACACUGACACAUGGUGAAUUGAUUGAGAAAAUAGGCCAAGCAUAUAUCCCCAGAUCAACAAAAAUCUCACUAGUUAUGUAGUCAUUUUGUACCUAAAGUGAAUAGUCUAUAGUUUCUUUUUUAUUUUUCAUUUCCUUCAAAAUCAAUGAUGAGUUGAGGUUAAUUACAGGUGACUAGUUAUUGCAAGGCCAUAGCUUAUGGAGAAAAAAUAACGUUGAAAUGAUAUAAAUGUGGCUUGUUCAACAUCCUAUUGUUUUCAAGACAAGUUUCUUUCAAUUAUUGUCAAAUGCUUACUCGAUCAAUAAUUAUUAGUGCAAAAGUAUGAAAGUGAAAUGAAAUUAGUAUCAAAAUUCGAUAAAAUCAAUGUCACAAAAUUUUGAAUACUUUCACCAAGAAUAUUCCUGAUUUUCAGGAAGUAGUAGAAUGUAUAUCUGUCUUAAUUAUGUUGUCAGAAUAUGGAUUAUGCGCGCUUUUUCCACUUUAAAUUUACAUACUCUUUAUUCCAGACAUAUCUUUCAGCCAAAGUCUGUAAUAGAUAUGGGAAAGGCAUCAUCAUUUAUAAGUUUCUUUCAUAAAAUUUGUUCCGAAAAAAUUUUGAUUGGAAACAAUUGAAAGUCGCAAUGCUGUUAUUUCUUAGAAAUUUCAGUAAAAUAAAAGCUUGCCCUGUUGAUUGCCAACGUUCGGAACGGAUAGGGCACGUCAAAAAGAAGAAGAAAAUUCUUGACAUAUAGUUGAUGCUGUCAUUAUUGUCAUCAAGAAUUGAAAAUGAAAUAACAUCUUUAUUUCUUAGAAAUUGAAGAAACAAUUACUGAUUUCCAUGGUUGAACCGUAAAUUUUUCCAUUAAUUAUUAUAGUAGUAGUGAAAUGGCUUCCCAAAAAAGCACUAAAGAAAAGCUCUUAGAUAUCUUGGACGAUAUUGAACUUAUCUCAAAAGAGGUUAUAGAAAAUGGGAUAGCACCUAAACAUUUAAAAUUGAGUGGUCCUGACUAUUCUCAAUUAACAGAUUUACUUGUUGCUAAGGAUAAAGAACUUAAGGAUACAUUGAAAUUGGCUUCAGAACAAGCGUUCAUCGAAGAGAAAAUGGAUAUUCUCAGAGAAGAAGUUGACAGGCAAGAUCAGGAUAUAAAUAACUUGCAAAGGCAAUUGAAAGAAGCUGAACAAAUUCUUUCUACUGCUAUUUAUCAAGCAAAUCAAAAGUUACAGUCUAUUUCCAGAGCUAACAAAAAGCCAGUUUCUUCAGAGGAACUCAUUAAAUUUGCUCAUAGAAUAAGUGCAUCAAAUGCAAUUUGUGCCCCAUUAACAUGGCAACAAGGUGACCCAAGACGUCCAUAUCCAACAGAUAUAGAGAUGAGAUUAGGUUUGUUAGGAAGGAUUUCUGAUUCUGGUAAUGGUCAUUUGCUGACUCAACCUAAUAUGGCCGAAUUACAUAGAAGCGGACAUCCUGGUGAAAUUCCUGCUGCACAACAGAAUCAAUUUGCUUGGCAUCCUUCGGGUGAAAUACAUAUGACAGUAGGUCAAGGAAGUGUAUCUAUGGAUACCAGAAAUCAUAAACAAGAGGCUGAGGAUGUUGAAGUGAUGUCGACUGACUCUAGCAGUAGUUCUUCCAGUGAUUCACAAUAAACAAUAUAGUGUUUGUGUUAUACAGUAACAUCUUUGCGUGAUAUUAGCUGGAAAUACCUGUUUUGUUAAUUUUUUAUAAUAAUGAAUUAAUGAAUAUUA